AUGGUGGAGAGGGGGGCACUAUGCCGCACGGGGGGAGCUCUGCUAGACACGGGGAUCUACGCUGUAUGUGGUGACACGUGGCGUGACCUGAUUGGCCUGGCGACCAGCGAGGAGGAUCUGUUAGCAGAGCUGCUGGCGUCAGGCGAAGAGGUGAGUGGGUGGGCGGAGGCCAAGGAACAUGUGGUGAUGGUGGCAGGUGCUGGCACGUUUUUUCUCUACGAGGAGCUGGCAGCAGCAUGGGUACCGGCACGCCAUGCCUGGCUGUCCACUCGCCCCCUGGGGCCACAACUCCUUGCCCACCUCAGCUCGCACUCUAUCUUCCACCACUGCUCAGACGAUCUCUCAUUCCUGCACUUUGGCACGUCAUCCGAGUAUCUCCACCACAUGCGCCUCGCCUACACCGGGCGAAUGCCGCGCCGCCACCUCAGCGCCGUCGCCGCGCCCACAGACUGCCACGUGGCGCAAUCUGCAGCGCUCAUCUCGUCGCACGUGCCACCUGGCGCUUGUGUCGGGGAGGGCAGUGUAGUCUCUGACAGCUGGCUGGUCCGAGGCACGCGGAUCGGCGACCGAUGCGUCGUGAUUGGCGUAGACACAGCCGCUGCUGCCGCUGCUGCUGAGUCAGCAUCUGCCACGCUGGCAUCUGCCACGUCAGCAGGAGCUGCUGACGCAGCAACUGCUGAGUCAGCCUCCAGCGGUUCUCCCACCCCUAUUGUCACAUCGUUUUGUCCUCUUGUGCUGCCAAGCCACAUGUGCUUAUGGCAGGUACCACUAAAAGGGGGGCGGGAGGUGACCCUCUGCUGCGGUGUGGAUGACAACCCUAAGUUGUCGUUUUCUGGGGGAGGCUCCUUCUGUGGCCGACCCUGGAAGCUGUGGCUGAAAGACAGAGGGCUGACGGCGACAGACAUCUGGCCAGACACAGACAAACUAGGCCGCCCAAUUCAACCAAAGCAGGACCUUUGGAAUGCCCUCCUCUUCCCCAUCCUCCCCUCUGGCUCUGGCCUUCCCCUCGCCAUGUGGCUUCUUGGAAGCUUCCCUUCUACUAUCACCCAAGCUUCCAACCACACCCCCAGCCAAGCUGUCAGCCAACAGUACGCUGACACCACUAGUGCUGCUGCAGCUGCUGCUACUGCUGCUGGAGGGUCCCUCGGUCGCAAUUUAGCUUCUCUGACACGUCAGCUGCUGCUUGCUGACGUGGUGGACGCACACACCAGUACCUGCCACGUGGGAGAAUCUCACAAGAGCGCCAAUGCAACCAGCAACAAUACAGACGGUGGGGGCAAUGCGAGUGGUGAUGGUGUUAACAGCACAGGCAGGGGGAGGAUGAGAGGAGCCGGGGAGUUGUGUAGGGAACUUGCCGCAUCCUUUCCUUCUGUGGGGGGGAGAGAAGCCAUGGGACUGUCGCAAAACAGGAGGGCAGGAGAGGAUGGAGGCAAAGGGGUGGAAGUGGGUGGAGAUAAAGUGGUGGGAGUGAGUGGAGAAAAGGGGGUGGGAGAGGGGGGGAAUGAGAGGGAGCAGGGGCAGACGCGGCAUUUGCAGGAGCAACAGCAGUGGGCGGGUGUGCCUAUGAGCCGUGUGCUACAAGCGAAGCUAGACCUGGUUAGAGCAGUGCGAGGGGUGCAAAGCGAGGGGUUGAGGGGAGUGAGGCGAGUGAGGGGAGAAGGAGAGGUGGAGAGAGGAGCGGAGCGAGAAGGAGAGGGAAAGGAGGGAGAGGAGGGAGAAGGAGAGCGCGAGAGGGAGGGCGAGAAAGAGGGCGGUGAAGAGGAGGAGUUGGAGGAGGGAGUUUGGAGGGCGGUGGCUGAGGAGGCAGCAGUAGCCGUGGGAAUGGGAGGGGACGGGAGAGAUGAUGAGUUUGAUUCACCUCAAGACUCGACUCAAAAGCAAGCAGCCCUGACUCUCGGCGCCACUGUCACCGUGACCCUACCAGUGCGCCUGGACAUAGCAGGCGGGUGGAGAGACACGCCUCCCUGGUGUGACCUGGUUCCAACACAGCUCUAUGCCUCACUCUCUCCCCUUUCCACCGCUUCAACCCUCUUCUCUCCCAUCCCUACCACACCAGCAGCCCUGCCUCUCGGUGCCACUGUCACCGUGACCCUACCAGUGCGCCUGGACAUAGCAGGCGGGUGGAGCAAUACCCCUCCUUGGACAGCUCUUCCUCUCGGCACCACUGUGACUGUAACCCUACCAGUGCGCCUGGACAUAGCAGGCGGGUGGAGCGACACUCCUCCAUGGAGUCUAGAGCGGUGCGGAACGGUGCUGAACAUGGCAGUGCUGCUGGAGGGGAGAAGACCGGUGGGCGCCACUGUGACUGUUGUGAAAGAGCCUGGUGUUCUAAUGGAGGAUGGUCAUGGCGCCUCCUUCCACAUUACUGACCCAGCCACCAUCUUCCACCACCCUGUUCAUGACUCACUCACAGGCAAUUCAAAUCUCCAGACUUCCUCUUUGUUUCUUGGCAUAGGCGUUCUAAUGGAGGACGAUUUGGGGGCUUCCCUCCACAUACCUGAUCCAGCCACCAUCCCCACCCACCUCUCGCCACAAGGACCCUUCGUUAUAGUAAAAGCCGCCCUCCUCGUCACCCGCAUAUCUACCCUCCUCUUCUCCUCCUCGUCCUCCUCCUCACGUGUGGGUCUGCAUAUCCGAACCUGGGCGGACGUUCCCAGGGGCAGUGGUCUCGGCACGAGCAGUAUUGUUGCAGCUGCUUUGGUGCGAGCGCUGCUGGUGCUGAUCCGAGGGGGAGGGAGAGGCAGGACCGUGGGAGAGAGUUCUCUUGCAGCAGAAGAAGCACCUGACGCAACGGAGGGGGCACCUGGGGCAGCAGAGAAAACACCUGAGGAAGCACCUGGGGCAACAGAGAAAGCACCUGAGGAAGCACCUGAGGUGACGGACGAGGAAGUGAGCCGGCUGGUGCUGCUUUUGGAGCAGAGGAUGGGCACGGGGGGCGGGUGGCAGGACCAAGUAGGCGGCCUCUACCCGGGAGUCAAGUGCACCUCCAGCCUGCCCACCCGUCCCAUUCGUCUCGUAGUCGACCCGCUGCCUCUGCUGCCGGCGUUCCGCUCUGCCCUGCAGCAACGACUCGUGGUUGUUUUUGUGGGCCAGGUGCGGCUGGCGCGUAACGUUCUGAAGAAUGUGGUAACCCGUUACCUGCAGCGGGACUCACGCCUCAUCUCCGCCAUCCAAUGGCUCACAGACCUCGCCGAGAUCGGCCGCCGUGCGAUCUCAACCGCCGAUCUCGACCUCCUAGGGCGUGUUCUAUCCCACACCUGGGACCUUCACCAGGAGCUGGACCCACACUGUAGCAACCCACAUGUCGACACGCUAUUGGCCGCUGUGGAGCACUUGAGUUGUGGGGCGAAGCUUGCAGGGGCGGGAGGGGGAGGCUUUGCGAUGAUCAUGGGGAGGAGCGAGGAGGCUGCAGAGGAGAUUAAGGGGAUUCUGAGCCGCAUGGGCGAGCCUGUUAGGGUGUAUGACUGGGCUGUUGCUGUGUGA